GGUCCAGUCCCAGAGAGACCGACUGGCGGCUUAGUAGAGAGAACAGGUAGGAGGAGGAGGAUCCGAGCGAACGGCUAUUCGGCUAACAUCGAUAUUUAACCGAAUCGACGAAACCGACGUCUGUUGAACUAAAAGAAUUGAACCUGAAUCAAAGUAACAACGUCGAUACCUUAUGUUUACGUCUUGGCUAUCCAAUUAAACCAUGUCAACCCCAGCAAGACGGCGUCUGAUGAGAGACUUUAAACGUCUCCAGGAGGAUCCACCAGCAGGAGUUAGCGGAGCCCCGUCGGAAAACAACAUCAUGGUCUGGAACGCUGUCAUUUUUGGUCCUGAAGGAACACCCUUUGAAGAUGGAACUUUCAAACUAACAAUAGAAUUUACAGAAGAAUAUCCAAACAAACCUCCUACAGUCCGGUUUGUCUCCAAAAUGUUUCACCCUAAUGUUUAUGCAGAUGGUAGUAUAUGUUUGGAUAUUCUUCAGAAUCGCUGGAGUCCAACAUAUGAUGUUUCCUCAAUUUUAACCUCAAUACAGUCUUUACUGGAUGAGCCGAACCCAAACAGCCCUGCUAACAGCCAGGCAGCUCAGCUGUAUCAGGAAAACAAGAGAGAGUAUGAGAAGCGUGUGUCGGCCAUUGUGGAACAGAGCUGGCGUGACUGUUGACCCUCCUUACAGUUCACAUAUGAACAAUAGUCCGCCUCGCCAACAAGAGGAAAACCACCUUGCAAAGAAUAAAAUAAAACACAUCAUGUUUUGAAUCAUUCUCCAUGUACUCUGUGGAAUUGUCUGUUCUGUAGCUGUUGCAGGAUUAGAGUGAUGUUGUGUUGUGGUCUCCCUCUUCAUGCAGAACCUUAUCCUAGAUGAGGAUGAACCUUAGUUUAACAAAAUAUUGUUGCUAGGGUUACUUGCUUUUAUUUGGCCUGUCCUCAUUUUUGUCAUCUUAUUUCUUUGGUUUUAUAAGUUGCUCCUACACUGUGGGCUGAUUUCAUUUUGGGUAUUAACAUGUUGGUUGAGAGUGAUUUCUUUGCGUCUGCAAAAGUGUCAUACCGAAUGUCGCUUAAUGUGUCUUUCAGAGUUCCAAAUUAAACUGCAAGAACAUUAAAGAUGGAUGAUAUAUGGUCUUUUACGGAAAGCUUAGAUGUUUCAGAAACAUGCCUUUAUAACUGCACUUGGAAAACCUGACCUUUUAAAACCAGCUUGAAAAUUGUAAUGUGCCAAAUGUUGGAAUUGGCCCUUUUUUAUCAAGUGCAAGUACUUUGUUCUUUUAAUUAAGCAGUUCAUGUGUUGCCUAUUGACACUGUGUGCCAGUUUGUCAGCAGUAAUUGUUCGAAGGUACACAGUGAUCUGUCUGUCCCACAAAGCCCCAUGCCUAAGGCCUGGGAGUCAGAAUAUUACAAAUUGGCAUAGAGUGUGUUGCUUCUCCCUCCCUCCCUGUAUUCAUUAUUUUGUGUCUUGCACCCCAGAUGCAUUGUUAUUUUGCUUGUUUUCUUAAGUUCCAUUAAAGUGCCAUUUAUUUUUACAUUAAAUUGCUUCUCCAAACAUAUGGAUGUGAUGCUGUCAUGCAGUAUCCAUUUAAGCUAAUCUUAAUUUUUCUAAUUUACCAAGUGUCGGAUUUGCACUAGUAACCCAUGUAAGAAACUGU